AUGCUGAGAAGGGAUCAUGUGUUAUUCCUCACCGCUGUGUUUGUGGGGACUGGACUCCUUGUCUUAACUACCCGGGAACCUGCGCAGUUCAUGACCAUCCUGGACACAGGCUAUUCGAACUUCACUCAUCAUUUUUCUCUCCACCCAAAAGGUUCACAGGCCGAGUGCAAAAACGUUUUGGACGAAAUGGUGAGAGGAACGUGGACACCGAGGAACGUGACGUUUGAAGAAAGACAGAAAGUUGAAAGAUUCUUGAUAGCUUCCAGAGGAAAAUAUUUCGUACCAACAACCUUGGCACGCCCCGAUGGUGUUUGUGGAAAUACAACUUUUGACUUUCUGAAAGGCCUACAACACCAGGCUCUGUGGUUCCGACCCCUGUGUGAUCCGUUUGGUCCAACGCCAUGUUGCUAUAACAACAAGUGCGUGUAUAAGACAGUGAAGGAAUGUAUGUGUGAGAGCUGUUUUGACAUGCGCAGACCUAUUAAUGCUGAACUUGCUGAUUGGAAACCAUCAAACCCCAAUUGUCAGAUCUCAAUGUUGAACAAAGACGAAGCGUGUGAACUAAUUAAAGGGGCUACUAUCUACUACAUCGGGGACUCGUUCUUGAGGCAGAUGUACACCGUGACUGUCCACAUCCUCACUGGCAACUAUAAGGACUCCACGCUAAAGUCUUCAACACCAAAAGGGUGGCGGGAGUACUGUUCAGGCUGGAUGCAGCUGCUGUGCUACUCCUACUUAAACUACGCCGCUCCCGUGUGUGGCAGCCAGACCAACGUCAUCCAUGUUGAACUCCUCACACACAAUCACGGCCCAAGAUUACUCAGCUUACUGAAAAGUAAAAAGAACCAGAAGUCUAUUUUCUUUGUGGGCAUUGGUAUCCACGGGACCUAUAAUGAACAGCUGGUCUGGAAGAACUUUCUUUCUCCAUCAAUCAACUUUCUACACGAAAGCGCAAGAAAUAAGAUAGUAUGGCCGAAACUGGUGUGGGUUUCCCCCCACGCUCCCGGAAUACUGAAAACACCACGGGUUCCAGGCCAGAGUUACAGCAGCGUUGUCAGAUAUAACGCCUUCAUCAACAGCCAUGUCAGAGCAGCUGGGAUACCAAUACUGGACACCUUCAACAUGACAGACGGCAUCAUGAGCUACGACGGGGCACACUACGGGUUCGGAAUUAACAUGAUCAAAUCUCAGAUUGUGUUUAACUACCUUACACAUCUGCGGGCACAUGGCAUAUGGUGACUCAGCAUAAAGUGUGAGUGUGUGCAGGCAUGUGGCAUGUGAUGCAUAUUUAAGCAAUAGGUGUAUGCUGAGGGAUUGUGUGGCUGAGUGAAAUAGUCCUAUUUUCUUUUUC